CUCAGACAUCAGACACUUCCUGAAAAUACUCUCAGGUCACGUGACUAACGUUGUCGGUGGAACUUCCUGUUAUUAAUUCAAAACUCUAAACCGGAGUCGUUUCUCAUUUUUCCCCAGUGUCGGGAGCGAGUUUAAUAAAAUUUUCAAGCGUGAGUUUGUCCAGUUGUUCAACUGCUGCCGGAACCAACCGGGGUCAGCCGAGGAAACCUGUCAGCUAAUGCUAGUUGCUCCUGCUAGCUAGCUGCAGUAUUUACCUGACGGUCCCGAGGGGCUCCACACCUCUGAACGUCUCCGUGUGUCUGUGGGGACAGCUGCGACCCGUGGGUCUCUUUAGUGAUCGAGCUUGAACAGACCGGAGUGUUUUAGGUCGAGAACCAGCAGCGGGUGUUCACUUCCAAUAUGACCAUUCUGUUGUCAAUGCCAUGCGUCGGUUGCCUGAGAAGAAGCAGAGGUCUAGUUCUCCUCAGGACCGCAGCACUGGGAGUCCAGACGCGGAACUACAGCAGGAACGAAACGUCUCCCCUCGAGUACCUGCACCAAAGUGUGGUGCCAUCGAUGCAUUACCAGAAGAGUUUACCGAGUCGCUUCAUGAAAACACUUCGAGCUGGAUUACUGGAGCCAGAGGUUUUUCAUCUAAACCCAGCAAAGAGUGACACAGACAGAUUCAAAAAGUUAAUCCGCUGGGUCCCAUCCUCUCUAUCUUGGUAUGGAGCCUACAUGGUGAAUGCUUACCCCCUGGACAUGUCUCAGUACUUUCGCCUCUUUAACUCAACUCGGAUUCCGAAAUGUGGAGGAGAUAAGCUCUUCACUAAUGAAAAAGGGCGACAUCUCUUAAUUAUGAGAAAAGGCAACAUGUAUGUGUUUGACAUCGUAGACAGAGAUGGGAAUUUAGUGAAGCCUGCAGAGAUCCAGUCCCACUUACAGUACAUUUUGUCUGAUCCGACACCAGCGCCCACCUUUCCUCUUGGGGUGCUGACUAGUGAGAACAGGGAUGUGUGGGCCGGGCUAAGGGAAAGACUGAUAGCUGCUGGAAAUGCAGAGAAAUUAAAUCUUAUUGACAGUGCUAUUUUCUGUCUCUGCCUGGAUGAUGAGACCAUGCGAGACCAUAUUGACAUCUCCCACAACAUGCUGCAUGGUGAUGGCUGCAACCGCUGGUACGACAAGUCCUUCAGCAUCAUUCUCACCAAGGAUGGUCAGGCAGCCAUUAAUUUUGAACACUCAUGGGGCGAUGGCKUAGCUGUGCUCCGCUUUCAGAAUGAGAUCUUCAAAGACACCACAGAAAAGCCACUGGUGCACCCAGGCUCUGUUGCUGCUGCUGUAGAUUCAGCCUCUGCUGUGCACAGACUGGACUUUAGGAUGAACAGUGAGCUGGAAAAUGGAAUCAUAAAAGCAAAGGAGAAGUUUGAUUCAGCUGUGUCGGAACUCACCAUUGAUGCCAUGGAGUUCAAGAAGGGUGGGAAGAAUCAGCUAAAGAAGAGCAAGUUGAGUCCAGAUGCUAUAGCCCAGCUGGCUUUUCAGAUGGGCUUCCUGAGGCAGCAUGGACAGACAGUGUCCACAUAUGAGUCGUGUAGCACCGCAGCAUUCAAGCAUGGCCGCACAGAGACGAUCCGACCGGCUACCUCGUACACCAAACAGUGUUCGCACGCCUUUGUUUGUCAGCCAGGACAACACAGUGUGGAGCAACUACAAGCCAUGCUCCAGGAAUGCUCCAAAUAUCAUGGGCAGCUCACCAAGGAAGCAGCUAUGGGACAAGGUUUUGACCGACACCUCUUUGCCAUGCGAUGCCUGGCCAAAUCAAAGGGCCAUGCUCUGCCAGGCCUGUACACUGAUCCUGCUUACGCUGCCAUCAACCACAACAUCCUCUCGACCAGCACCCUCACCAGUCCAGCAGUGAACCUUGGCGGCUUUGCCCCAGUGGUGCCUGAUGGGUUUGGCAUUGGCUAUGGUGUCCAUGAUGACUGGAUCGGCUGUAAUGUGUCCAGCUACCCUGCUCGCAACGUCCAUGAAUUCUUGCAGUGCGUUCACAAGUCUUUGGAGGACAUUUUCACAGUCCUGGAUGGAAAGCCACUUAGUUAAGAAACAAUUCUUAAGUCUGUUUUAUUUUGCUCAGCUUCUGGUUAGUUGGUUUAACAUUUCUGCAUUACAGUGCAGGAAGUAAUUAAGAGCAAUUAUUUAUAAGCCAAUGGGAGAAUUAAAGGAGAAUCAGCAUGUGAAACAUCAUCAGCUAAGACUCAAGAGUGCUGGUCCCAAAACAGAUACAUUUAAUCAUUUUAGAUGUAAAACUUAGUCUACAAUGACAGAAUAGAGACAAAUGUUGUGCCUUAUCAAAAAGCAUUUACUAAUGUCUCUGUAAUACAUGUUAUUUAAAUUAUCACUGUUUUUCAUGCUUAGCCUUAUUGGUGUGGGUGAAUGUAACUUGAAAUAAAACCUUAUUCCCAAAAAA